AUGUGUGAAAGAUAUGCAACCAAUUUUUGGCUGAAAUUAGAAUCAGAUGUGAAAGGUAUUAUUAUUGUACAGAAUGAUGCAUGGGUGUGCUACUUGUGUAAAUCUGAUCCUGAUAGGUCAUGUCUCAUUAAGCGGCGGAAGAACUAUGAAACUAUUAUGUAUACUCCUCCACAACCACCAAAAGAAAAAUUACCAAUCUGUGUGAUUUCUCAGAGUGAUAUAUGCCAUAAAGUUUUAAUGAAGGAAAAGAUAAUAAUAGAAAAGUAUUGUAUUCAACCUUGUAACGAUGCAGGAUCCUGUGAGCAUACAAAAUAUUCUGAAAAAUAUGAGGAUUUUUCUGAAAAAGAGUUUGCAGAUAUUGGUGCAGAUUUAGUUUAUGGAUCAUAUGUAUCAAAUGGCAAUCUAGAGGACAGGAAAGCAUGUGUUGCUGACCUUUUUGUAGCAUUCUUCAGAUUUAUUUUUAGACUAGAUAAUGCAAGGUUGCAUAAACCUUAUGUUUUCUUCAUAUUUAUUGCUAAUGCAAGUAUUAUGGAUGAAGAAAUUUUAACUCGUGCCAAAAGAUUUGUUAUGGUUGAACCAUUAUGUUUUACAGUGGAGAAAAGAGAUUAUAUUAUUUGGUGCAAUAUACCAAAUGCCAGGUAAAUUUUUUGUUAGAAAGUCUUCCCAUUAAUUAUGGCUUUAUCAUGUAGUAAAAAUACAUCUGGUUUUGAUGAAUUAAAAAAUAAAUAAAGAAAGAAUUUAAG